CCCCGUCGCCCAGGUGACAGGAGCCGACAUGGCGGCGCGGGAGGCCGCGGUGGCGGCGCGCGCCGAGCUUUGAAUGAGGGGCGCCCGGCGCGGGCGGCGGCGGCGGGAGCGGCCGGCCCCGGCCCCGGCCCCGGCCCCGCGGCCCCGGAGGGGCCUCCCCCGCGCGGCAGAAAGGGGUUCUCACCAUGGCCAUAACACAGUUUCGACUCUUUAAAAUCUGUACCUGCCUGGCAGCAGUGCUUUCUUUCAUUAAAAGGCUAAUAUGCAGGUCUGGAAGAGGGCGAAAGUUAAGUGGAGACCAAAUAACCUUGCCAACCACAGUGGAUUAUUCAUCUGUUCCCAAACAGCCAGAAGUAGAAGACUGGUCUUCAUGGGAUGAAGAUGCACCCACCAGUGUGAAGAUUGAAGGUGGGAAUGGUAAUGUGGCUCCUCAGCAAAAUGCUUUGGAACAAACAGAACCUGAUUAUUUCAAAGACAUGACACCAACUAUAAGAAAAACUCAAAAAAUAGUUAUUAAAAAACGAGAGCCUUUAAAUUUUGGGGUCCCAGAAGGAAACACAGGAUUCUCUAGCAGAUUAGCAGCUACACAAGAUAUUCCUUUUAUUCACCAGUCUCCUGAACUGGGAGAUCUGGAUACCUGGCAAGAAAAUACUAAUGCUUGGGAGGAAGAGGAAGAUGCUGCCUGGCAGGCAGAAGAAGUUCUUAGACAGCAGAAGAUAGCAGAAAGGGAAAAGAGAGCAGCAGAACAACAACGAAAGAAAAUGGAGAAAGAGGCACAAAGGCUAAUGAAAAAAGAACAAAACAAAAUUGGUGUUAAACUUUCCUAACAGAAACCAGGCAUCAAUGGCAGUGCCAGUGAAAAAAGAGAAUUCCAGCUCUACAACAUAUGCAUUAUUGGUAUUGAUUUAAGUAUUUCUAGGACUUCAAUGCACUGCUUGGUUUUAAUGCAUUCUUCAGGUCAUCUUGGAAGCCAGAAUUCUCCUAAAAUACCUUGAACUACUAGUGGACCUGAUCUUUAAUGGGGCGAGGGGGGAACCACACAAAAUCAUGCCUUGAUGGAAUGAUGUUUCCUGCAAUAGCUCUAUUCCGGCACCCUUCUCUGCAAGAACAUUGAUUGAACGGGGAUGUUGAUUGAGAGACACUCUAAAUGAACAGCUCAAGCUUAGGAAAAGGAGUGUAAAUAUUCAGUGGGGGGAAUCUACUGUAUUGUCUGUGCUUACCUGAAAUAUGUAAUUAAACAGUUUUAAAGAAC